AAGAAAAACUCUUCCUAAGUCUUCAUCAGCCAACCAACCACCCGUGUAUCAACCCACAUAAAUCAACGUUCCUGUCAAUAUUCACUAUGAACGUCCAGCCGGCUUAUCCCCGUCUGGCUUGGGUUAUAACUGGACUGGUGACGAUCUCCGUGUAUGUCCAAGGCUUCAACACACUGUGCUACUGGACAGUCUGGUCACAGGGGCGCCCAGGGGAUUACGGCCUGAAACCCAGCAAAAUUGACCCCAACCUCUGCAGUCACCUGAUCUACGCCUUUGGUAUCGUGGCCCCUGGGUUGACGAUAGGUCUGGAAGAGGACGCGUACCCAGCGGCUCCUCGGUCUGUCAGAGAAAUUAACAACUUGAAAACGGAGAACCCAGAACUGAUAACCCUGAUCUCAUUGGGGGGCGCUUCUAAAGGACCGGAGGCUUUCCUGAAACCCGCAGCCAAUGACUCAUCCCGUGUCCAGUUCGCUCAGAACACCGUCUUAUUCUGCAGAGAGAAAGGUUUCGAUGGCGUUGACAUUGACUGGGAAUAUCCGACAAAUGGGACCAGCUUCACACUUUUUAUGAAGGCUCUGAGGAAAGCGUUUGAUGAGGAAAUAGUCCCUGUGGGGAAAAAACGACUACUGCUAACUGCCGCAGUCUCGGUAGCCAGUAAGAAGAUAGACACCAUCUAUGACAUCCCGGCUUUGAACAACGCCCUGGAUUUCUUUAAUGUUAUGGCAUAUGACUUCCACGGAAGUUGGCAUGGAGUGGCGGCGUUCAAUACCCCACUGUUUGCCCGUACCUUCAAUCCAAGAAUAGAGAAUAGUGAGCAAUAUAAUGCGGACUGGGCUGUCAAACGGUACAUCCAGAAAGGUGCCAGUCGAUCUAAGAUCAUUCUGGGCCUUGCCUCGUACGGACGGGCAUACCAGCUGACGGACAGGACCCAGCAUGGUGUAGGGGCACCCAUAGAGAGGUCCGCCAGGAAGGGGCCCGUGUUAGAAGAGGAGGAGUUCCGGAUGUACCCGGAGGUGUGUGACUUCAUCACGGAGAACAGAGCCCGUUAUAUGUUCGACGAGAAGCAGAAAUCGUCCUUUGUGUACACGAUUGACUUUUGGAUCGGCUACGACGGCCCUAAAGCUUUCCACACCAAGACUCAGUACGCCAUUCAGGAGCGACUUGGUGGUGUGUUGCUCUGGACGUUAGACUACGAUGAUGUCAGCGGCAACCAUUGCGGAUUGGGAACAUUCCCUUUGAUAAAAGCUGUGAAAAAUACUGUGGCGGGGAACACACGGUUAAUUCCAUCGGGUCCUCUGAGACCUUACGAACCGUUUCUGGAACUACCUAAACCAGCUGAAAACGCUGAUAGAUACAAGAGGAUGUGUUACUUCGCGAAUUGGUCAACUUUACGGAAUGCGGGGGAUGGCUUGUUUACACUGAGUGAUGUCAACCCUGACACAUGUACUCACCUGGUCUAUGCAUUCGCCUUCAUCGAUGAGGUCAGCUACUCGGUAUUGCCUUUAUACCCUAACGAGGAGAGUAAGUCGGAUGCUCCGGCUGACGCAGGAUUGAUGGAGAAGUUUAACUCGAUCAAACGUUAUAACCCGUCCCUCAGAACCCUGCUGUCUGUCGGCGGAUCCACAGCAGGGACCAAGGCCUUUCAGAUUGUCUCCAAAGACGACACCAGCAGGAGACGCUUCGCACGUAAUAUCAUCGAAUACCUGGAUACCUGGGGUUUUGAUGGUGUAGACAUAGUGUGGAUUUACCCAGGGAAUUUCCGGAAUCAGUUCACUCUUCUACUGCAGGCAAUGAGAGAAGAGUUUGACAAGUACGGGGCAGAGAACAAUGGCGUCAAGACAACCCUUACUGCCUCUGUAUCAGCUGAGAAUCCGCAGAUCAAUGAUAGCUACGAGAUCAGGGAGAUAUCUAAACAUGUAGACUUCCUAAACGUUUUGGCGUAUACGUACCAGCGUAAAGAUAACAGGACUUACUUCGUGUCUCCACUGCGGAAUUCGAGAAACGACGCGGCGACUUCACAGCUGAAUCAGGAAUGGUCAGUAGAACAAUGGAUUAACGGUGGAGCGCCUCCGGAGAAGCUUUUAUUAGGGUUGACGGGUAUGGGGCGAAGCUUUCGUCUGGAGUCCAACCAACAGACUGCACCAGGAUCAGCGUUCAUCGACCAGAAUGUAACCAGUACGAUACUUGGCGAGAAGGGAAUCAUGGUACAAUAUGAGAUUUGUGAUUUUAUAAACAGAGGUGCUGAGGAAUCGUUCAGUUCUGAACAAGUGGCAGCCUAUGCCCACUUCAAUGACAUUUGGGUCAGCUACGAGAAUGGGAAGAGCAUUAUUGAAAAGGUGAAGUGGCUAAAAUCCAAAGGUCUCGCUGGGUUCUCAUUCUGGUCGCUAGACUACGACGACUUCACGGGAAGACAUUGUAACUGCGGCCCGUUUCCAAUGUUAACCACCGCCUACCAGACGGCCAAAGGCCGUCUGGUCAGCUGCUUUGGUGGGCAGACCUCUCCUACUAAUGAAGCGUCACCAGGAGUAACUGAGGCUCCCAUCAGAACUCCACCCCCAGAACUGAAACCUAUCACCACACCAGAGAAACCAAAAACACCAAAGCCCAGCAAGAGACUCAUAAUCGUCCGGGACGGAGCCAAUAACAUUUCACUAUCUAUAACGUCUCUCAUAGUUUUGGUUCUUUUCCAAAUGUUAUAUUUCAAUAGGUAGAAAAUAUGAUUUUUGUCAGAAAAUGAUGUGUAUAUGUGUUUUUUAUUCAGCUUUGUGCCAAAUUGUAAAAGAAUAGCUAGCCUAAUGAAUUAAAAGUCGCACGAUGAGGAUACCGUUAGAAUACAACGUUUAAUUAUUCAUUAGGAUAAAGAAUAGCAUCUGUGGGAGACGCCAUUAAAAAGUCAGUUUUGUUUUGCUGAAUAGUGCUACUGUUGCGAGUUCAUGACAGAAUUCUAGAAAGCGCCAUUGUUAACUGAGAUGGUAAAAGUUUUCUUUAAUAUUUUCCAGAGUCAGAUUAAUUAAGCUACGCCUACAUGCUAGUCAUAGUGUUUUGCCACAUGAGGCAGUCGUAUCUCAAAGGUUUGAGCGCACUUAUUACCUACAUAGUGAGUUAUUUCAUUAACAUCGAUCAAUAUGCAUCAUUUCCAUGAUAUAAAUGUGUCCGGACAUCGAUUGUUUUAUUAUAAAUGAUAUGGAGCUUGAAAAACAAAGAGCCAGUUUUUCAGUUUUCCAGAAACAAACGCUGAACAAGUGAUAACAUACAAUUUCCAGCACACAUGCGUGUAUAUUUGUGAAUCCUAUUUUGGUCAGUCUCUUUAAAUCUAUGUUUCAAACAUACAUCGGAUCACAAUGUAACUGUUGAAAUGCUGGGCGCUGCUUUACUGAUUGGAGAACAAUCUAACCUUGAUUGUUAGUCUCUUAAGAAAUCCCUGAUUCUGUGACGUGAAGAAAUGUGUACCGAUGUCCUGCUUUGUAACCGUCACAUCGGUGUUCGAAUGUAUGCAUGUGUGUACGUUUGGGUUUUACGUCGUACUGAGCAAUUGUUCAGUCAAAUGACGAUGCGAGUCGGCCAAUCCAAAGUCCUGCCCCCACUGAAGCAUGAUGUGGAAACACCAGGCAUGACACCUCACAAAGCCUCGUUAUGCUGACACCGGGCAAACCAGUACUGUUUCCUUGCUCUAGCUUACCAGUGCUGAGUGCCAAGCGAAGCAGCAACAGGUGCCAUUUUUAAAGUCUUUGGUAUGACCCGACCCGGCUUUGAUUGCAGGUCUCCCGGCUUCGAGGCGGACGCUCUAACCCCUGUGCCACUGAAACCGUCCGGCAAUGUUCAAAGGCAUUGUAUUAUUUUGAUGUCAAUAUGCUAAGUAACCACCUAAGUUCCAAUACCCUAAAUUUACUGUUAUCUCAUCGUAGGUACGACCCAUUCUCGACAUCAAUAUUUGUGAUUUGUUUUUCGUAUAAAUUGUAUUCCCUGGAAAAUCUCACCGAUCAUGUUCAGGAUGGCAUGGUCGUUCACAUGCCAUUCAUCACGUGCUGGUCACGUGAAAUCGUAAUUUUAAUUAACCCACCUGUUGAUUUAUAUUUACCCGUAUAGGCAUGUGUCUUCAAAUAAAUAUUUGAUU